AUGUCGCCAAAAAAGUUAAAACCUAGAUUUAAAAGUCUUGGAUUGCCUAUUAAAAUUAAUAAUGAAUUGUUGGCCAAACAAAUGAAGAAGUUAAGGGUAUCGAAUAAUUCUUCGAACAAUGCUUCGAAUAAUGCUACCACUCCAUCAAUAUCUCGGGCAAGCAAAAUUAAUAAUUCACGGCAAACAUUAUCUAAUGCUAAAGAUAAUAAAAAUGAUAUAACUGAUAUUACAAUGACAGAAAGUUCUACAAUGGCAACAAAAAAUUCUUCUUUGAAAAACAGUAAUACACCACCGAAAACAAAUGCAAAUUCAAAUAAAUUGAAAAAGACAGGAAAAUCGGUUAAAUUUAGUUUACCAGAUGAAUCACAAUCUAUUGAACGGAGCAAAGCUUUUAAUGAAAAAGUCAAAGAGGAACGAAGAAAACUGAAAAUGAAUAAGGAAUUACAAUUGCAACAAGUAAUGUCCGCGCUGAAUGUUAAUGACACAGUACAAGAAUCAGCUUUAGAGUGGAAAGGAAGUCUCGUCAAGGCGGAUCCAAUUCAAAAUAUCGCUACAGUUAUCGUGAAACCUUUUCCUGGACGAUUUCAAAGACUAAAGUUAUCUAAACGUCCAAGAGUUCCAUAUAUUCUUUAUGAAAAAACUUUUCCUUGUAAUAUUAUGAGUAAUAUAAUCAUUGACAAUGAAACUAUUCAAAAUGUUCCAUUAAAUUGGAAUGUUGGGACUUUCAUUUAUAUUUAUAAUUGUCAUGAUAUUUUGAAAAUCUUUAAAAAUCCUGGUAUUAAAUAUAUGGACUUUUCUCCAGAUUCGAACGAUUGUUUUGAAGUUAAAGAUAUGAGAAAUAUAAUACAACACUUGGGGGCUAUUCUUUAUGAAGAUUAUAACGAUGAAAUUGAACUGAUUCAUUAUCUUUUUGGAAAACAAGUUCUCUUUAUUCCUAAUUUAAUAAAUCUCAAACGAUUACCUAAUUGUAAAUUCUUUGGAUAUGGAAUCGAUCCAAAAUCUCAAAAUUCCUUUACCUUGGAAGAAUAUUUUCCCCAAGGUGGUUAUGUGACCGCAACAACUUCAGUAUUAAUCAACGAACAAGAUGCCAUAGAUCGAAUACUUGCCAUUAUGAAUUAUCAAAGUUAUAAACAUAACGGAGCAAAAUGGGAAUUAGUUUUAAAUGAGAAUAUUUUAGAAUAUUUAGCAUAUGUGGCAACAAAUUCAACGGAACGUGAUCAAUAUUAUGCGAAAAUAGCUUAUCUUGAUUUAAUAAUGUAUGCAAAAGCAAAUAAAAUUAGAUAUUUUUCAUCGAGAGAAAUAUUCAAGACCAAUUUGAAAACUGCGGAACCUCCGACUAUGCUGUUAAGUACUCAUCGUACAAUGAUACGAGUUCACACUAUGAAUUGGAAAAAAUGCCGUCACUUUAUUUUAAUCUAUGAUUCAUCAGAAGAUUUAUCCAAGAGAGUUCCCAUUGACGGUGUUGAAUUAUUAACACUUGAAGGAUUUGAAUCACAAUUUGGCGAAAAAACCUGA